AUGCCCAACAUGCCCAACGCAACCGGCUCACAUGAGCUUUCUCGAGUUGACACUUUCCUCGCUAAUCACACCGAUUUCCUCGCACAUGCCGAUACUACUACGCCAGCAAAUACAGAGUGCCCAAUAUGCCUCGAAGAUAUCUCUGAGCACAUCUGUGUCAAGAUCGUGGGUAUACUGGGUUGCGUACACAUGAUCGGUCUCGAGUGCUUGCAGGUACUUCUCAACAACCAUCCGGACGACAAAAAGCUGUGCCCGCUUUGUCGGACGGAGUGGCUCAGCGGACCUGGCCCAGGUCCUGACAUUGGACACGAGUCUGACUUUUCUGACUCCGAUAGUUCAUACGAUCUAGAAUCUGAUUACGAUAAUCGGUACGGCCCAGAUAUACGUUAUGGUAGUGGUUACGGCCCAAACACCCGAUCCAUUGGAUAUAUGAACCACUGGCCUGUUUAUGACGAUGCUGCAGACCUCGCGGCACAUGCAGGUGCCCGUCAGUUGCAGGCACAGCAUAACCAGCAGCGACCGAGCUAUCUAGGUCCACGAAUGUCUGAGUAUUUGAGCAUGAACGGUUCGCGUCGAACUACGCGUACUCCAUAUGUACCGCAUGGUCAGCGUGUGCCAGGCUACACGUAUAAUGGUGGACCGACUCGCAGCUCAGCCCAUAGCUCUCGUGCAAAUCAGCAAGCCAGCGCUCUUCAGCAGACUGGCGGUCAUCACCAAAGCACGAGUCCCACGCACCGAGCCCCUGGAUCACGCGCUGAGGCAUCUUCCCGAUUCUGA